AUGCACAAAGCCCGCUCUGACUCCCAGGAUGACCUCCCGGAAAAUUUCUUCAUCCCAGUGCCCUUGGAUGUUGCCAACAUCACAACUCUAAGUCCUUUUCUGGUACCUCAGACUCACCUUGGUAGUCCAGGCCUCUUUAUGAGUAUGGCUGCCUUCAUGUUCCUAUUGGUUGUACUUGGGGUACCCAUCAACAUCCUCACCAUCUUCUGCACUUUCAAGUACAAGAAGCUGCGCUCCCACCUCAACUACAUCUUGGUCAACCUUGCUGUGUCAAACCUGGUGGUGGUCUGCAUUGGAUCUACCACUGCCUUCUACAGCUUCUCCCACAUGUACUUCAUCAUGGGCCCUCUUGCUUGCAAGAUAGAGGGCUUUGCUGCCACAUUGGGUGGUAAGUAAAUGUUUUGAAACUUAGUAGCAUUGGGAAGAAUGAGGAGGAUGAGUGGGUGGAUGAGAGAGCAAGAAGACACAAGACUGGGAAAGCUGAAGGAUUGUAAGGGAUGAGUAUGUGGGGCUAUCUGAGGGUUUCAGGUACGGUGAAGUGACAUUGUCAGUUAGCAAGCCAGAGACAGCUUGAAUAAGGGCAAUUGCACAUUGUGAACAAGACAGCAGAGACUGAGGUUUGGGGAAAGCAAGGAAUUGGUAUGUGGCUGUUUUCUGCAUCUGCAUUUCCAUAUGCAUAGGGGGCUGACUAGACAAUCCUGUCCUCUGUUUUUUCACUCCCAACCAGGCAUGGUGAGCCUAUGGUCCCUGGCAGUUGUGGCCUUCGAACGAUACUUGGUCAUUUGCAAGCCUCUGGGAAACUUCACCUUCAGAGGCACCCAUGCCAUUGUUGGUUGCGUCAUAACAUGGGUCUUUGGCUUGGUGGCUUCAGUACCACCCCUGUUUGGCUGGAGCAGGUAUGUGCUGGAAAGAAGGUUAUGUCAGGGAGGGGAAGGCUGAGCUGAGAUUAUGGGAGGAGAGGCAGUCUGGGUUAAGGCACUAAGAUGGAAAUUUAUACCUUACAUGGAAAUGAGUUAUGUACAGUUCCCCCCACUUCUGCCUGAGGUACCUCCCCAGUUCUUUGCCAUGCCUAAUGUAUUUAGGGUACAAUUAACGCCACUCUCUGCUAUUAAUGGAAACCUAUUGCUGAAAAGUGUUUAACUUCCUUAGGUAUAUUCCUGAGGGGCUGCAGUGCUCGUGUGGUCCUGAUUGGUAUACAACAAACAACAAGUGGAACAAUGAAUCUUACGUCCUGUUCCUCUUCUCCUUCUGCUUUGGAGUGCCCCUGUCUGUUAUCGUCUUUUCUUACGGUCGUCUUCUUCUAACCCUGCGGGCAGUGAGUACUACCUCUUUCCUCCCUUCUGCUCCCCUCUGAUGAGACACGGCACUAAGGAAAGGUAGCAGACAGCCCCACCACCAGGGUGAAAACCUGCUUGGGUGUGUAACUGUCCAAACUGAAGAGGAGUGUCUAGACAGGGAUGGGUAAGAACAGGGGAAGCGGCUGUGGAAUGGCACAGUCCACCAACCAGCGUUAGCUCUUUCCAGUCUUGUUGCCAAGUAUCCUUUUUGUGGGAGAAGCGAAAGAUCCAACAUGGAACCUUCUAUAUCAUGCGUAGGCAAACUAAGACCUGGGGCCGGAUCUGGCCCAAUUGCCUUCUAAAUCUGGCCCGCGGAUGGUCCAGGAAUCAGCGUGGCCAGAUGGGUGGGGUAUGUAUAAAGAAAUAAAUAAAUAAAAUUAUUAUUAUUAUUAUUAUUAUUAUUAUUAUUAUUAUUAUUGCAGUGUGUUUAUACGUGAGUAGAAUGUGUCCUUUUAUUUAAAAUGCAUCUCUGGGUUAUUUGUGGGGCAUAGGAAUUCGUCCCCCCCCCCUUCUUCAAAAUAUAGUCCGGCCCCCCACAAGGUCUGAGGGACAGUGGACCGGCCCCCUGCUGAAAAAGUUUGUUGACGCCUGUUGUAUAUUAAAAGCAAGUGUGGCCCCUCUUUGGCCUGCUUCCCCACAGGGAGGCUCUGGUGGACUACAACCCCUGCCUGGACGGGGAUUUGAACUCAUGUCUGUUGUUUCCUGAAGUGACAUGUUCUUGACCUCCAUGCUACACAGACACAGGUUAAUGUAAAAUUCUGUAGGUGCCACAUGCCUAAGGGCCAAAUGAGAUGUGAUAUUAAAUGUGUGAAUGCAUGUAAGGUGUCUAGUUAAUGGGCAGUAUCCAACAAAUACAUCCCAUCAGAGUAAGGGUUUAUGCCUGCAUAGUGGAACUUUCUCCCCCUCUCCUUCCCGCAUGCAGUCCAUAGCUUCCCAAAAUCUGCUCCAGAGGAUUGGGGGAACCCCUAAAACAGAUUUAAGAUGCACAUGAGAGGAGGGGAGGGGGAGAAAACUCCGUUGCACAAAUACUUGGACUGGCAGGACACUUACUUUGUGCUAUGUUGGAUACAACUGAAUAUCUCUAAAUAACUGUCACCAGGGAGCCAAAUAAGGAUUGGCACUACAUCAUACAAAUAGGCAACAUAAACUAUCUACCCUGCUUCUGCAAUCCUAAUUAAAAUGUCCCUAGCUGAUACUCCCCCUCGGGUGGAGAAAAGAAGUCAUUGGAACUGUUGUGGGGGGAGACAUUCUCUUCAUUGUGCAUUCAUGAUGCAUAGCACACAUGAUUAUAUUGGGGUGGUUAUAUGCAAACUCUGUUUUUAUUGAUGGAUGGAUGGAUUGUUUGGAUUUGUUACCCAUGCUUCACCAGAGUGGGCUACAGCAAUUUAGAUAUACACUAUUAAAAACAUAUCCCAGGGCAGGUCUCAGCAAUUUAAAUAUAUAUUAUUAACAGUAGUUUUAAACAAAUUACAGUCACAAGAAUGGUAUGGGGCCUAAAAUAUAUAUAUCCCCAGUGUCAAAGGCCACAGUAAUAUGCAUCUUCAGUAUGCAACAGAACCUACACAAGGAAGGUGCCGGAUGCCCCUUUGUGGGCUGGAAAUCCUACACCUUAGGGGCCACCACAGUGAAUGCCCUGAACUUCUGAGGGUGGUGCAACUACUUCUGCUCAUGCACACCAACUUACAAAGCCGAUUGAGGGGACUGGUGUCACGCACACAGAUUGCGUGUGUGAUGUCACAUGCCUGCGAGCGUCCCGAAGGUCAGCUUCUCCUCCCCUUCCUGUGGUUGCGCCAAGUGCUGUGCACACUGAGGGGCCUGAUCAAUACUUUUCAAGCAAGGCAUCAACAGAUUCGGCUGCAAUGGCAGCUGUAUAUGUGUGUUGAGUUACAUCUGCAUACUUUCGUGCACUGCACACAUAUGAAGGCACACCAGUGUGUACAAAUCUGUGUACAGAUGCACAGUUCCUGCCAUCAAUCUUCUAAACCGACACUUCCCAAACUUACAAUGAUCGCAUACCCCUUAUGGGAGCUUAGACUUACCAGCAGCCGCCUUUUGGGUGAAGAUAAUUUGGGGUUAGUUUUAAUAAUACUAUUUUAUCUUUGAAUUGUCUGCUGCAGCUAAAAAAUCAAUGUUAAAGUAACAUUAAAAUUUCUGUUUGCGUACUUCUAGGGGUACAUGUAUCGUGCUUUGGGAAACACUGCUUUAAGGAAUUGCUUCCCCCUGUAUCAGCUAAUGCAGAAAGUGCAAUGAAGAAAAUAUGAAGGAACUGGAAGGAGUAGGAAGAGGAAUUAAUAUUUGUUUUGGGAAUAAAAAUAUGGGAGGAGUCCCAUUCAUUUCAGUGGGGUUUGUAGAGGAAAGCUGCUCAGUGGAUUAUGUUCCAUAUCAAGUAGGAGGUAGUGUAAGAAAAUAAUGGACUUGCACUGAAGGGAAGAUUUUUAGGCCGAAUGUUAGCGAACUCGUAAGAGCACAAGCAGUGAUAGUUGUGGAACCUCUGAUCAUGGAAGGUUUAAAUAAAAGGUAGAAUGACGUCACUUGGCAAUGCUCUAUGGAGGAAAAACCAGGUUUCAAUCAGAUAAACCACAAGGUCCCUCCCAAUGUAGUGAUUCUUAGCUAGGACCUUGCAUUCAGAAAUCUACUCCAUGGGUACUAGGCUCCACCAUGAGAGACAGAGGUUGUGGUGAUAAGCAUAGCCAGUGUUUUAUUACAGCAGAUUCAACCCCCUUCACCCACUCAGGUAGUGCCUUUGCUCACUGUAGACCUAAUCAAUACACCAGGGCUGCAGUUUUCCAUUUUCUUUCUCCAUCAAUAUGGCAACCCUGUACUGUGUGCAGUCUGCCGCCUGGGCUUCAGUUAUUCUCACUCAUGGUUAAUCAUCUCCCCACCUCAUCAGGUUGCCAAGCAGCAGGAACAGUCAGCCACCACACAGAAGGCUGAGAGAGAGGUGACCAAGAUGGUAGUGGUGAUGGUGAUGGGCUUCCUGGUGUGCUGGCUGCCAUACGCUUCCUUUGCAUUGUGGGUAGUGACCCACCGUGGAGAACCUUUUGACGUUCGUCUGGCCUCCAUCCCCUCUGUCUUCUCCAAGGCCUCCUCUGUUUAUAACCCUGUCAUCUACGUCUUCAUGAACAAGCAGGUUAGCACGGGAAACAUCUAUAACCAAGCUGGUCUGGGUAGAAAGAGAGAGUGGCACAUUUAUCCCUGGUCCUGAAUGCGGUAACUGUGCCCCUGAAGAACCAGGUGCGCAGCCUGGGAGUCAUUUUGGACUCACAACUGUCCAUGGAGGCACAGGUCAAUUCUGUGUCCAGGGCAGCUGUCUACCAGCUCCAUCUGGUACGCAGGAUGAGACCCUACCUGCCCACAGACUGUCUUGCCAGAGUAGUGCAAGCUCUGGUUAUCUCCCGCUUGGACUACUGCAAUGUGCUCUACGUGGGGCUACCUUUGAAGGUGACCCGGAAACUGCAACUAAUCCAGAAUGCAGCAGCUAGGCUGGGGACUGGGAGUGGCCGCCAAGACCCCAUAACACCGGUCCUGAGGGACCUACAUUGGCUCCCAGUACAUUUCCGGGCACAAUUCAAAGUGUUGGUGCUGACCUUUAAAACCAUAAAGGGUCUUGGCCCAGUAUACCUGAAGGAGCGUCUCUACCCCCAUCGUUCAGCCCGGACACUGAGGUCCACCUCCAAGGGCCUUCUGGCGGUUCCCCCCCUGAGAGAAGUUAGCUUACAGGGAACCAGGCAGAGGGCCUUCUCAGCAAUAACGCCCACCCUGUGGAACACCCUCCCAUCAGAUGUCAAGGAAAUGAACAACUAUCUGAAUGUUAGAAGACAUCUGAAGGCAGCCCUGUUUAGGGAAGUUUUUAAUCUUUUAAUAUUUUAGCGUUUUUUUAAUAUUCUGUUGGGAGCCACCCAGAGUGGCUGGGGAAACCUAGCCAGAUGGGCAGGGUAUAUUAUUAUUAUUAUUAUUAUUAUUAUUAUUAUUAUUAUCCCAUACCUCUUGUAUGCUCUGUUGGGUUUCCCUGGAAUCAUUUAGGGCUCUGGCAAUCUCUCCUCACUGCCCUGAAUGUUCACUUGUGCCCCCUAUGACCAGGACUUCAUGCAAAGAAUAUAAAAUCCCUCACUUGGCUUACAUGUCAACAUUUCUCCCUGAGCUUAUCAAGGACUCUGGUAUCGUCUCAGGAUAUGCACUCAGUGUCCCUCUGUCAAAUUACCUGACCUACGGAGUAUGCAUAGCAGUACAUGUAUUUGGAGACAUUUCCGUUUUGAAGAGAGCUUUGUGAUUUUCACACUGAACUUGGGGAGCACCCUAUGGUUCCCUGCUAGGUUGUCCCUAAAGUGUCAGUAACAGUGGACAAUGAGAAGGUCAGUAAUUGUUGAGAAGUUUCUCUGAAAGACGGCUUCUGCACCACUGUCUGUCUUCGCCUGCAAUGUGUAGCCACAGAAUAAUGUUAGGCAUGUUCAGGGUUGCGCUCUGAGAGGGGCACUGUUGUGAUGGAACAGGUCUGGCAAAUGUGUCACAAUCUUCUGCAGUGUGCAGGGGUUCCUUGGCAGAUGAACAGAUGUGAACAGGCUUCCCUUAAGUUUGAAAAUCAGAGCUGGAACCCUGGCAUUCAGCACUGCACCUCUCUCGUAUGGACUAGGGCUCAGAAAACUGUUGUGUCCUUCUUCCCUAGGGCUGUGACAUCCCUGCUAAUUAACCCUCUCUCCCUUUCAGUUUCGUUCCUGCAUGCUGAAGCUUGUCUUCUGUGGCAAAAGCCCCUUUGGUGAGGAGGAGGAUGUUUCGGGUUCCUCCCAAGCCACCCAGGUCUCGUCGGUGUCUUCCAGCCAGGUGUCACCAGCGUAA